AUGACCCCAUCGAAGCAGAAGUGGAACUUCUUUUUGAUGCGUUUGCCGCUGCCUCCCAGCAUCAAAUGCACGGCCAUCAGCGAGUCGAAUCAGCAAGAACCAGGUGCUGCAGCCUGGGUGUUGACGGUCUCCCAGUUUGCCGGCCAGUCUCCCGACUCACACGCUUGCCGACCUCGCUGUUGGAGGACUCCUCCUCGCUGUUGUGCGCUGGCUUCUCUGCGAAACACGAGUUUCGUUUCGAAACACACGGGCGGAGGAAUCGAUUUGGAGAUCGAUUCAGAGGGUGAAAGCCAGAGAGCAUCGACCCAGAAGAUGUCAAGGCCCUCAGAAGCCUCAGAAGUUCUUCGCGCGUCCAACAGCCAAGCGAGAGAUGUCCGGCUGACGUCAAAGGAGCUGGAUGAUUGCCGAAGAGACAUGCUCGAGGAUGGUUGCGAGGUGUUGGCCCAGGAGCAGGCAAGACAAGCUCGCUUGGAGCUUCGUUCGCCCCAAGAGGUAUUCUUUCCAAGAGAGGGCCACUUGCUCGCUUUGGGAGCCCCUCCAUGCCUGACAUUUUGUGGGGAUGAAGAGAAUGAUCUUGCGGCAUCAGCUGCCCGUGAGGCUUCGGAAGACACCCAAGUGCAUGUGGCAGGCUUGGAGGAAGACGCUCGACUGCGGACGGGCGCCUUGGAGGACGACAUACAAAUGCACUUGAUAGUUGCCUUGGAGGAAGACGCUCGCGUGCUUGUGACAGGUGCCUUCUUCGGGAAGGCCCAGUCCUGUGCACCGGCCAAAGUUCCAUGA